UGUUUACGAUAGCACAAACCUGUGACUGUAGGUUUAAAGAGAGAAUUUCUCCUCCUCACUGACGCAUUUUCUUUAUUUUUUUAAUGGAUACCCCUGAAAGCGUCCGUAUGAAUCCUGUUCCAGUAGCUGUCCCACUCGGUAGUCCGGUUGGUUGACGGUGAUACGGCUCUAAACCGGCAGGAGCCGCUUGUUUACCGCAUGCCCGUGGCCCGGUGGAGUUCGGUUCAUCGCCACAGAUCGGGGCGCAGUUCGGGGGAGCGGAGCCCGGGUGUCGGAGGGUCCCUCCGGGAUGUGCUCGGUGGUCGGAUGUGACUCGUGGCGUCGCGGCGUUGAGCGCUUCCGGCUCCCGGAGGACCCGGAGAGGAGGCUGGAGUGGGUCCAGUUCGUGCUGGAGGUGAACGGACAGCGUCUGAAGGAGUCCUCCUGGACCGAGAUCAGCAUCUGCUGCGAGCAUUUCGCCGAGGACUGCCUGGAGAGCCCCACCGUGUCCGCCGGAGAGGCGCGGCUCAAGUCCGGCGCCGUGCCGUCGCAGAUGGAGGGCAGCACCGAGAAGUGGACCGACAGCGAGGUCCGGGAUCUGCUGCACCUGUUCGGCUGCAGGGAGAUCCAGCGGGACGACACCAGGAGGAACCUGAAGGUGUACGCCAGCAUCUCUGAACAGCUGGCGCUGCGGGGGGUCCACCGCACGGCCAAGCAGUGCCGCGAGAAGAUCAAGAAGCUCAAGCAGGACUACAAGAAGGUGAAGGAUCAAAACAUCAGGAGCGGCUACGAAAGGAAGACCAACAAAUGGUACGAGAAGAUGGACGCCAUCCUCGGACACCGGCCGGAGUUUGCGGCCAAUCCGGCGGCUGCAGCCGGGCUGGAGGGAGUCAUCCCCCAGAGCAGAGGCCGCAGCCCUGCUACUGACACAACCAUCAAGGCAGAGGCAGCUGCACUUGAUGGGCCAGAAGAAGGAUUUUUAAAUGAAGCCCCUUCCACCAGCAGCAUAUCCACAGAUUGUUCGACUUCAGGCUCUCCUUGUCCUCCGCCAACCUGCACAUCUCCUCCUUGCCUUUCAACCAGCAGCUCCAAGCCAUCAACCAGCUACACAAGCCAACCCAGCUCUCCUUUACCCAGACCAGCACGGAAGAGAAAGAGGGAGGAGCCAAGCCUGCAGCGUUUGGUGAAGCAGCUGCUCCAAAAAGACGAGGAGGACCGCCGAACCAGCCAGAAAACCAUGAAUCAGCUGCUUGCGAUGCUCAAGGAGCAGAAUGCCAGAGAAGCCGAAGAGCGCGAGCGACAACGGGCCGAGGCAGCUGAAGAAAGACGCAGACAGGAUACAUUUCAUAAAUUGCUCGGCAUGUUGCUUCUUAGAUUGACGGAAACCUCACAGCAACCAACACACCCUACAUUGGACUGACUUUUUCUGUACAGAAAAUCCCAAAAAUCUCAACAUGUUGAACGUAUGUAUAUAGUUUUGUUUAAAAAUAAAGAUAUUCCAAGACAUAUAAAUUACUUCCCAUUUGAGUAUAAUGAAGCCAUGAAAGGCUGGGAGACAUGUAAAGUAGAAAGAUGCUGAGAAUUUUGUUUUAUCUGUUUAUCCAGGGUCUGCCACCUAUUUAAACAUUUGUUUUAGUUUAUUCGUACCUAAAUAGUAUAGUGCAGGGCAGGCAAUGCAGUGAAAUAAACCGAUAUUCUGCUGGUGCAAUAAUACAGAAACGAC